UGUUGUGUACAAAGCACGACUCCGCCCAACCGCGACGUUGGCGUGAAGUGAACCAAGCGGACACCAUCGCCGGGCGGUCAACCUGAGCUGUCAGCUGUAGCAGAGCCUCUCUACAGACGAGCAGCCGGAGACACAGCCGACGUAUCACCCGGAAGGCAGCAAAAAAGUCGAGUGGAGACGGCAGCAUGAACCGCUUUAAGAUCUCCAAAUUCAAAAACACCACUCCGAAAAUUUCCAAGAAAGAUGGAUGGAUCGAUAAUAUCCAUGCCGGAUCUUUCGCCUGCCAGGGGAGCCACAUCAAGGCGAGCUCCACGCUGGUGGCCUUUAAUACGGAGCAGGCCGGGGGCGGCAUACUGGGCCUGUCGUCAGUGAACCCGGCAGCAGAUGGCCAGAGGACCGUCACUCAGAUCUGCUGUCAUUCUGAUCUGGUGACUGACUUGGACUUUUCUCCGUUUGACGAGUGUCUUCUGGCAACGUGCUCCGCCGAUGAAACGGUCAAGCUGUGGCGUUUAUGCGAUCCAGAUCUGGACCAGCCCAAAGACCCGGAGCUCACCCUUCAGCCCGGCCAGGGCAGGCUGGAGCCGCUGCUCUUCCACCCGACCUCAUCCGGGUUGCUGGCGGUCGGCUCCACCGAGGGCCCGCUCGUUUGGGACACAAACCGGCGGGACGCACCGUUAGCUGUUCUGGAGGAGCACAGUGACCAGCUGCAGAGUCUGAGCUGGAAACAGGACGGCUCCCUGCUGGCUUCCACGUGCAAGGACAAGAUGCUGCGUGUUUUUGACCCCAGAGCUCAGCUCAAAGCAGUUCAGAGCGCCACCUGCCUGCAGAACAACAAAGACUCUCGCAGCCUGUGGGCCAAAGAUCACCUGAUACUCACCACCGGCUUUGAUCGGAUGCGGAACCGUGAGGUGAAGCUUUGGGACGGCAGGAAGUUGGCGUCUUCACUGAGCUCCGUGACCUUUGGCACAUCCAGUGGGACGCUGAUUCCUCUUUUUGAUGCUGAUACUGGUCUGCUGGUCCUAGCUGCUAUGGGCGACACUGUGGCCGAUUGCUUCGAAAUCUCCACCUCAGAGCCUUUCCUCACUCAAGUGAGCCACUGUCUGACUGACGUGUCAACACGCGGCGUGGCCACGGUACCCAAGCUGGCGCUGGACGUGAUGUCUUGCGAAGUGAUGCGAGUGCUCCAGCUGACGGACAGCUGCAUCGUCCCCAUCAGCUACCAAGUCCCUCGCAAGAAUUCAGGCCACGACUUCCACGCUGACCUUUACCCUGACACGGCGGGUGUCACUCCGGCCAUGGCUGCUGAGGAGUGGUGGCAGGGAGGGAACAAGCAGGUGCAAAGAGUCAGCCUCCAUCCAGACAUGCGGCCCAAAGUCAAGACUGCAGCAGCCAAUCUCAAGCCAGCAAAGACGGACUCUGUCAGUGGGGAUAGCAAGCAGGGGGCAGCACGCGGGUGUUCCACCUCCAGCAGUCCCCUGAGCUCCCCCAGCAGCAGCGCCGCCGCAUCCCACUCGCCCUCCUCCACUUCUGGCCUCUCCUCAGGCUUCCUCCCCUCGCCAAGUCCCAGCCAGGGGGCCAAGGCCUUCCAGAACUUCCUGGGACCGAGCUCCAAGUUCCGUCACAUCCAGGGUGCCGUGACACACCGGGACACACACAUCACAAACAUACGAGACCUCAGCCUGACCACGCCGGGCGAAUGCGACGGCUUCUGUGUCAACCGCCAGCGUGCCGCCGUGCCGCUCGGCAUAUCCGGAGGACAGGUGGCCAUCUUUGAGCGCUCCCAGCCCGGCAGACUGCCAGACGCGUCCCUGCCCACCGUGCAGAACUCCGUCAACGUGGCCGAUCUCUGCUGGGACCCCUUUGACGCACAUCGACUGGCUGUGGCUGGUGAUGACGCAAAGAUCCGAGUGUGGCAGGUACCGGAGGGUGGCCUCAAAGAGACGCUCACGGAGCCCGAGCUCAUCUUGCAAGGCCACACGGAGAAAAUCUACUCCAUCAAGUUCCACCCGUUGGCCAGCGGGCUGCUGGUGUCUUCAUCCUAUGACCUCACCCUCAGACUUUGGAACCUGGAGGACGGGGAGCAGGUGCAGCUCCUCACCGGACACCAGGAUCAGGUGUUCUGCAUGGCUUGGAGCCCGGAUGGGAAGCUGCUGGCCACCGCCUGCAAAGAUGGGAAAAUGCGCAUAUACGACCCUCGCAAGUCCACCGUGCCUGUGCAGGAGGGUCCGGGUCCUGAGGGCCACAGAGGAGCUCGUGCGGUGUGGGUGUGUGCGGGCACGUACCUUCUGGUGUCCGGAUUUGACAGCCGCAGUGAGCGAGUGCUCUACUUGUACUCGGCUGUCUCCCUGUCCUCCGGAGCGGUCGCCAGCGUCUCUGGGGACGUUUCCCCCUCAACGCUCAUCCCCUUUUACGACCCCGACACCAGCGUGGUCAUCCUCACUGGGAAAGGUGACACCAGGGUGCUGAUCUACGAGAUCUUGCCCGAAGAGCCCUACUUUCUGGAGUGCAGCAGUUUUUACAGUCCCGAACCACAUAAGGGCUUGGCCUUCCUGCCGAAGACGGAGUGCAACGUGCGGGAAGUAGAGAUAGCUGCAGCGCUGAUGCUCACCAAGACCUCCAUCGAGCCUGUGGUGUUCAAGGUGCCACGGGUCAAGAAAGAGUUUUUCCAGGACGACGUGUAUCCCGACACCUCGGUGUGCUGGGAGCCGGCGCUGACCGCCUCCGCCUGGCUCAGCGACAUCAACGGCCAACACAGGAAGAUCAGCCUGAGGCCCGCCGACAUGACGCCAGUGAGCCAAGCCCCCAAAGAAGCCCCGGUGAGGAAGUACAUGCCCUCUUCGUUCUACCUGGAGGAGAAGACGGAUGAGCAGAAGAAAGAGGAGCUCCUGGUUGCCAUGGUUGCCAAGCUGGGAAACAUGGAUGAGCCGUUGCCGCAGGAGUCCUUCCAGGGGGUCGACGAGGACGAGUGGGACGAUUAAAAGCGGCGCCGACGACGGCGGGGAGAGAGGAGCCAAUUGAAAGUACGCGCUAACACCCACACACUGCAGCACUCCGACGAAUCUGCAAAAUAAUCGGGUCGUGGAUGUAACUGCUGUUUCACUGUUUGCUGAAAGUCUCUAAUGUGCCGGCCAACAUUCAGGGAUACAUCAGGCUACAUGUCUUCAAGUUUUGCUUGAGAAAGAAUAACGCACACUCCAGCAUUAGGUACACAAUCUUUCAUUACAGUAAUCCCUCCACACGUUCCGCUUCCAAUUUCACAGUUUCAUUCGUCAUGCUGUUUCGUGGUUGAAUACGGCUUAUUAUUAGCCCAAAAAUAUGCACACGGAAGCAAGUUGUGUGUAUUUUUAAGCUAAAUGAAGCAUUUCCAAGCAUAAAAAUGGUUAAAUGAGAUCAAAUACAAGGAUAAGGCAUUCAGAAGACACAUUCAAAGACGUGUUGUAGUAUUCUACACUGGUCACUAGGUGUCAGUCAUGUUACAUUGAUGACACAACAGCAGGAAGUACAAAAAGAACAGCAAGGAACUCUCUCAAUGUAACGUUCUUGUCUGCACUAUGUGCUUGCUACGCCGGCACAAGGUGCACACCAUGUUUCCGGGGAGGAAGGACACAUAGCGGAGGCGUGACGCACCGGCCGUCCGACACACAGCUGCAGAUAUCUGCUGGAUAAGAGCGUGCCAUAAAGAGACAGUGUCUCAGCACUGCAGCUCAGGUUGUGUUGAAAACAGGACCUAAAAUAUCAGUUUGAGGUGAAAAAUUCCCGCAAUUUGGAUCACCAAUUGUCAUUGAGGGGUGAUUGUGGGUCCCGCAGCCAAACCAGUUGGGAACCACUGGUCUGUUAUGGCUUAUUUUCUCUUAUUAUGUGUGCUAUUGUGUAAUAGGAGUGUAAAUGUGACGACGGGGGUGUUAUUUCAUAUCUAGAGGGCUCUAAUCAUGUUAAAAACUGUAUUUAGAAGGUUGUAAACAGGUUAUCUAUGCUCUAGCUAUGAAAGUAUUCCAUAUAUAAAUAAGACAUUGGCGGAAAUUCACGGUCGGGUCUGGAACAGAUUAACUGUGAUAAACGAGGGAUUACUGUAAUGAGAACUACAAGAAAGAUGCACAGGGUGGCAUUAACUUUACAGUAUGUUUACUAUUCUGGCGUAUUUUUAUUGCUUUAUUGCAUGCUUUUUUCCAACACUGUGUCAUGUAAGCACAAUCAGUCUAUUCAAGAAAAAUGUGAUAAAUGCUUUUUAUUAAUUGCAAACCACCACAGUAAGGACACCACAGGGUUGCCAGGCUUCAUAUUUGGCUGAACUGGAUUUUUUUUUUUACAGAGGGUAGUUUGCAAUAUUAAUACAGUCGAGUUUUUCCAAGUGACUACAAUUCUACUGCUACUGUAUUUGUACCAUUUAUAGAUUUUCUACAUUGGGGGAUGUUCUUAUAUUGUCGUUUUAAAGGGACCAUUUCUUUUCUAAACAUGUAGUUGUAGAUUUACGUCUUUUGUGGGAUGUUUCUUACACGCCGGUGUGUCUUGAUGCGGGACCAUGCGGUGUAACUAACAGUAAAAUGACAGUAUUAGUCAAAUGCAAUGAAGCCAUAACACGCAGUAUAAAAUCCAUCUUGCAAGCUCUGAUGGACCCAAUUGAAGCCAGCUGUUCAGCCACGCAUAUGCAUGUGAACUGCAGGUGUCCUCGGUGUUUGUGCAGUGAUAUACUGUAAGGGCCAAAUGUUUUUACUUGUGCUGCUCUAAUGCCACAUUUAGUCAUUUGUGGAUACUAAUGGAAAAAUAUGAAUAUGAUGGUAAAAGGGUUCCUGUUUUUUCCUACAUUGUCUCACAUUAAACACAUUUUGACCAA